AUGGCCGGUGUUACCACUUACGAUUGCGUAUUGCGUCAGCUGAUUACGCCAGAGCAACAACAGGCGUUCUUUGCCAACAAAAACAGCUUGCACGAUCCAUACCAUUUCUCGGGAGUAGCAGACGUCCAUGAAGUCUAUGAUGCCGUUGAUCCUCUGAAAAACCCGAAGCUCUCGCAGGAAGGCAAAGUCGUUUUCCUCACUGGGGCUAACAGGGGGUCGAGGGUCAAGGGUCAAGAUCAAGAAUCAUUGUUUCUUCGCAUCUUCUUCUGGCGUUGGUCUUCUCAGUUUCUCACGAAUGAGAACACAGUGCUACCUCACAAGUACAUAGCUGACUUGCAAUCCUUCGACGCAAAGGGUAUCGCAAUAGCAUUUGCCAAAGCCAAAGCCAAAGGAUUGAUACUCGCAGCCCGAGAUCUCAGCAAACUCGAGCAAGUCGAGAAGGAAAUCAACGAUGCUUACCCCGACACGAAGGUUCUCGCCAUCAAGACAGACGUCACGUCCGAGUCUGAUGUGAAGGCGGCGUUCGCGAAGGCCAUUGAAACUUUUGGCGCGGUUGACGUCGCAAUUCACAACGCCGGUAUCAACCAUGAUCACGCACCCAUUACCAAGACGGAGUUGAGUGGUUGGUGGGAACACUAUGAAAUCCACGUCAAAGGAUUGUGGCUCGUGGCGAGAGAAUUUCUGCUCGCACUAGGAGACAAGGUUGGGACAUUGAUCAAUAUCUCGUCCACAGCCGCUAUCAGCGCAUUCCCAACUCAGGUCGGUUACAGUCCGAGCAAGCUGGCCGGAAACCGUAUGAUUGAAAUCCUGCAAGUCGACUAUCCGAACGCGCGAGUCUUCAAUCUGCACCCAGGUGUAGUCGACACAGAACUGACUACUCUGCACCACGUCGCACAAAUGGGGUUUAACAUGGAUUCGCCCGAGUUGUCGGGCGGAGCGGCCCUGUUCUUGACCACGCCGGACGCCGAGUUCCUUCGGGGACGCUGGGUCUCGGCCAACUGGCAAGUUGAUGACUUGGUGAAGCAGAGGGAGGUGGUCGUCAAGGAGCAUUUGUUCGUCACUGGUCUCAGCGGCAAGCUCGGAGCAGAAUGA